CCGCCGCUCGUCGUCAACGCGCAGGCGCCCCGGACUAUCCCGCUCGCCGCGACAGCGACGCCUCUGACCAGUAGUCGCUUGACCCCUCCCUCCCUCGCGGCCGCGCUCCUCGAGUCCCCGACGCAAAAUCCACCCCAGGGGCUUGCCGCCGCCCGCCCGCCGGGAUAGCUAGGCAGCUCAGAUAGCGCACGCGGCACGCGCUCCCCUCCCUCCCCUUCCCCUCGGCCCUCGCCUCGCCUGCCUCCCCAAGCCCAACUCCACCCCCGUCCCCCUCGCGCGCCGCGCCACAGAAGAAUCCACCGGCCGCACACGUCCGGCAGCCCAUCCAUCCACGCACCCACCGCCGCCCCCGGCUUAGCCUGCCGGGCCGAAGCGGCCUGACCUCGCGCUCUCCCCUGUCCCCCGUGCGCGCCCGUUCGGCGCGCGGCGGCGGCGGCAGCAGCACCCACUGCCCCGCCCGCAGCGGCGUCGUCGCCCGGGUCCAGCCCUGCCCCGCCCCGGGCGCUGGCCGACGAGGCCGGCGGCAUGAAGCCGCGGGCGCUCCUGGAGCACCUGGCGCGGCCCUUCUCCUCCUCCUCCCGCCGCUCCUCCUCCGAGUCCCGCCGCGACAAGGACGAGGAGGCGGACCUGGAGGCGAUCGCGGCGCGGGAGCAGCGCGCGUUCCGGUACGAGGCCCUGGCGGCGGCGACGCGGGGCUUCUCGGAGAAGAACCGCCUGGGCCAGGGCGGCUUCGGCCCCGUGUACCGCGGCCGCCUCGAGGACGGCCGCGACGUCGCCGUCAAGCGCCUCGGCGCCGGGUCGCGGCAGGGCGCGCGGGAGUUCCGGAACGAGGCCACGCUGCUGUCCCGGGUGCAGCACCGGAACGUCGUCAACCUCAUCGGCUACUGCGCGCGCGGCGCCGAGGACAAGCUGCUCGUCUACGAGUACGUGCCCAACGAGAGCCUCGACAAGAUCCUCUUCCCCCCCGCCUCCGGCCACUCCAGCAGCAACAGCCACCGGUUGCGGCGCGCGGAGCUGACCUGGGCGCGGCGGCACGAGGUGGUGGUGGGCGUGGCGCGGGGCCUGCUGUACCUCCACGAGGACGCGCACACGCCCAUCAUCCAUCGCGACAUCAAGGCCAGCAACAUCCUCCUCGACGACCGGUGGGUGCCCAAGAUCGCCGACUUCGGCAUGGCCCGUCUCUUCCCAGAGGCCGGCGACGGCCGCUCCCGCGUCCACACCCGCGUCGCCGGCACCAACGGGUACAUGGCGCCCGAAUACCUCAUGCACGGCGACCUCUCCACCAAGGCCGACGUCUUCAGCUUCGGCGUCGUCGUCCUCGAGAUCGUCUCCGGCCGCAAGAACUCCGCCUUCAACCCGCCCCCCGACUCCGAGGCCGACAACCUCCUUGAAUACGCGUGGAGGCUGUACAAGAAGGGUCGGAGCCUGGAGUUGCUUGACCCCGCUGUCAAGGCGUCGGCGGUGCCGGAGCAGGUGGAGCUGUGCGUGCGCAUCGGGCUGCUGUGCGUGCAGGCCGACCCGCGGCUGCGGCCGGACAUGAAGCGCGUGGUGAUCAUCCUGUCCAAGAAGCAGAGCACGCUCGAGGAGCCGACGAGGCCGGGGGUGCCGGGGUCGCGGUACCGGCGGAGGCCCCACGGCCUGCGCGGCUCGCACUACUCCGCCGGGUCGUCUUCCGGCACCAGCUCGCCGUCCACGUCUGCGACGUCGCACGCGUCGGCAUCGGCGUCGAAAGCGAUGACGACGUCGAGCACGCACACCAUGCGGAGCCAUGGCGGCUUAGCCUCGCACCGAGAAGAGCAGGAGUAGCACUAGCAGCAGCAGGGCGCGCGACCCCAACUGUACAUUUGUGAAUUCUUCCCCUCCGUUUAUUCGCGCUGACAUUGUAGAGCAGGUAUAGAUGGCAUGAUUGUUUUGCUAGCGGGUAGGAUCUAGUGAUUGGAUUUCAUUAGGAUGCUGGUUAAGAUGAGAAUGAAACUAUUGAUCGAUCCAACCGUGGUAGAUUCAGGAAUUGUGCAUAGAAAAAUGAGAGCGAUAAAAAUACCGUGUUUGUUCUCUCUAAA